AUGUGUGAAUAUGUUCGUUGGAGUGUUGACUAUAUUGAGCAAAAUGCAAAACAUGUCAAAGUUAAUCAAAUAAAAUUAAAAGAAAAGAUAAUUCCAUUACUAGAAAAGAUUGAAGUUGAAACCUUUGAUGAGAGUAUUCACCAAGCACCUAAUGACAUUGAAUCACGACUAAGAUAUAUUUUAGUUGUAGACGCAUUAAACUUUUGUUUUUGGCCAACCGAAGGGUUUGAAUAUGAUGAUUUAACAAAAGGGUUGUCACGUCUUGAACACGACCACCCUGAAGUUUUUGAGCCUAACCAAAUGAAACAUGUAUCCAGUUGUUUACUCUCUCAGUACUUAGUUCAUAACAACCGCGUUAUUUCAAAUAUUGAAGAACGAACUCGAUUGAUGAGAGAAGUAGGUGAAGUUUUGUGUAAUAGGUUUGACCAAAAGGUAUUAAAUUUAUUAGAAGAAUCAAAAUAUGAUGCCACAACUUUAGUUUCUCUUAUUGCAAAAGAAUUUCCUGGGUUUAGAGAUUCAACCAUUUAUAAAGGAAGACAAGUAUUCUUUUAUAAACGAGCUCAAAUUGUAGUUGGUGACAUACAAGGAAUGUGUGGAUGUAUUAAAGGGUUGGAACAAUUAACGGGAUUUGCUGAUUACCGUAUUCCUCAAGUAUUACUUGGAUGGGAUGUUCUUGACAUAGAAGAUCAAUUAAAACAAAGGAUUCUUGAUAAAAAAGAAAUUCCAUCUGGAUCUGAAGAAGAAAUAGAAAUAAGAUGUACUGUAUUAUCAGCUAUAAAAAUGAUUCAAGCUAUAUUCCUUGAAACCAAAAAUUCAUUAAUUGAAGGACAUCGCAUUGACUGGUUCUUGUGGAGUUAUGGAGAAAAAAAUAAAGAACAACUACCACCACACCACCGAACACAAACCAUUUUUUAUUGA